CUGGAAAUAAACAAAGCCGCAUUGUAAACAUGUUCUAUGUAGUCUUAUGUAGAUAACAGGAAAUAGUUUAGUAUUUAUUGCAAUAUACGACUGUUGUGAAUUGAUCAUGAUUUUCAAACAAAUUGUAAUACUUUUAUGGAAAAAUGCUUUAAUUCGAAUAAGAAAACCGUUUCUGUAUCUUUUCUUGGAGUAUGGAGUCAUUGUUUCAUUAUUUAUUUCCAUACUGAUCCUCAAACUUGCUUCGCCAUUUGAGAAACUCAAGAACAAAUACGUAGGUCCCAAGAUAAUAGAUUUACCAAGUUUGAGUUACGGAAAAACAAGUUACACUGUUGGCUAUGUUCCGGAGUCUACUGCCAUGGCUGCCUUUUUACGUCAGAUAAAGGGGAAGGAGAAAUCAAUCAAAUAUAAAGGUUACCCAUCAGAGAAGCAGUUACUGGAGGCUCACGAGAAAAACAAUCCUCAAUUCCAUUUGGCCUUAAUGUUUCAACUGAGGCCAGCCAGCAGUGUCAGUUACGAGAUACGAGAUAUUGAGGAAAUAGUCAUUCGGCCUUUUGCUCGAUACGAAGACAAAGGGCUUUGGUUUAAUAUAUUUGCUGCGGAUGGAUGCAGGAAGAUGAGAUUUGUUGGACACACCAAUGACGCAGUGUCUGUUUUGUACACGUUCCUGAAGUCUGCUUUAAACGUCUCCUAUCACAAUUUCACCAUACGCACUGAAGACAUCAGCUGCAUGGACGUCUUGUACACCACUCCGUUCAAACUUCUUGUCGCCGCCAUCAUCAUUACGUCAUUUCUGAUUGGAUCCUGGGCCUUGACCUUUGACCUCAUUCAAGAAAAAAACUCCAAAUUGAAAAAAUCCGUGAAAUGGGCUGGAGUGAACCAGCUUGUUCUUUGGGUGUCAUCUCUUUUGUUCGCUUACAUCCGUGUUUCUGUUGUUGCUGGUCUUGUCACGUGGUUACUGUACUCUCUUGGACGUCUUGAUGCAUUGCCUGGCACCGACCCGAUAGUCAUGUUCGCCUUAGUGUUGACCUACGGCUUGACCACUGUUUCAUUGAGUUUCUCAUUGAGCGACUUUUCCCGAGAUGUUACAACAGCUGCCAUGCUUACAUUAAUAUGGAACAUCGGUCAGAUUGGAUACGUCCUUUAUCGUAUGGCAGAGAAGUCGACAUUCGACCACAAUGGUGAUUACUACGCACCGUUUUUCAUCUACUGGACCCUGGUACUAGCAUGUCAUCUCCUCAUUGAAUUAAACAAGUCGGGUAAAGAUUUGAACUGGAACCUGAUACUGCAUACCCGAACAUCCCACAUGACUCUAGUGAGAUAUUUUACAGAGUUUCUUUGCAACAUUAUCUUCUAUAUGGUCGCAGGUUUGGUCUUUCGAAGUCUCCUCAACUACGUCAAUAAAUUGAUAAGGUACAAAAUCCCUAAAGAAAAGAUCAGCCAGCUCAAAAAGACGGAGGUUAACAGUGACAGUUUCUUUAUGGAACAAAGCAAAGUCCCGGUGUGUAUUGAGUACAGAUGUACUAACAAGAGCACGGAUCAAUCAAAGUUUCAGGUGUACAAAAAACAGAUCACAGUAGUUUUAGGACAUCCUCAUUCAGGGAAAUCUAAACUCAUAGCGACAGUGACAGGUUUGAAAGCUAGCAAAACAAGUCAGAAUAUCAUGGUCAGAAUCAAUGGGGAAAGAAUCACGUCACAUGAUCAGUUAUUUUCCCACGACGUUCAAGUCUGCUUACAGCACAAUGCGCUGAUUGGUGCGCUUAGUGUCUAUGAAAAUCUCUACUUUUAUUCCGCGCUGCGUGGCUACAGCAAGUCUGAGAUAAACCCCUUAAUAAACGACGCCAUCGAGAAUUGGCACCUACAUCCUAGUGUCCACGAGAAAGCUGGAGAAUUGCCGAAUUUCAGGGCGAGAAUAUUCAAUUUGGUUUUAGUACUCAUUGAAAAUCCCCCGAUCCUUAUUUUGGAUGAACCAGAUAAGGACCUAACUGAAGACGACGUGGACAAAUGGUUACAGUUCGCCCAGUCCAAGUUAUUAGAUAGGACAGUUCUCCUGACCACUUCGUCUCCUAUCACGGCCAUGAGACUGGCCAAUAAUAUAGCAGUCAUCGCAGACGGACAGAUUUUAUGUUUUGGAAAAGUUCCAUUUAUUGAGACCCUCUUUGGCUCAGGCUACCAGGUCUCCAUAACUCUAGGGCCUGAAAGCGACGUAGAGGCGAUCGGUCACUACAUCCACCUGUACAUUGAAACCUACAGCGUACAGAGGAGCAACCAUGAAACACUGGAGGUAGUACUCCCAGAGACGUAUACGCCACUCUACGAGUUCCUUCUAGCCAACUUCAUGUCCAAAGGGAAAGAGCUGGGAGUCCAUUCAUUUUUAGUGGAGCGAGUUCACCUCCGUGAUAUAUUUAGCAAACUCUACAAUCCUGAAGUCCUAAAAGGUCACUUGCAGGUCAUGUCUGAAAGACGAUCCACCUUAGAAAUAGCGACACUCUUGGAUCAAACCAAAGGUCCCAAAAAAUUGUAUUCGACCUUGUCGGAGUCGUUCAAAGAAUGUUACAGCGCCACCAGUCUGUGGUCAGUCAAGGACAGGGAGAGCAGUACUAACUGGCUGGUCAGUAGCUUCAAGAACAUGUCAUCUUACUUGAAAUCCAACUCAACAGUGAGUGAGGACACUGUCCGAAAAAUGACCAAAAAAUAAGCUUAGCUUUUCGUGCGUCAUGGAAUAUAAACUCACCAAGAUUUGUUUCGUGUGUUUUGUCCGUCUUUUGAAACCAUUUCAUUUCAUGAACAAAGGAAAGCAUUAAUACAUCCGGGUAUCUCAAUGCCUUCGUUUCUUUCUUGAGUAUAGACAAUGGACCUCAUUCUCCACUCGUAAACAAACAACAUUUAGCCACGUGAUUCUAUAUAUCUUCUAUACAAAUUAUGUAAUCCAUAAUGGCUGUCACGUGAUACGUAUUUUUCAUUGUUUUAUCAAUAUUAUCACGUGGCUAAAUGUGUUUAUUUACGAUUGGUGAAUGAGGUCCAUUGAAACAAGGAGUUUAUUUUCAGUUAAAGACUUUGCUAUGAGAAUAAUGUGAGAAUUUAGAUCUACAUACAAACUGUAGUUUUGUCAUUUAGUUGACUAGUACACAUUUUUAAAUUGUCAUAAUUUAGAGCCGCUUGAACAUUAACGGUUGUAACUGUACGGUAAUAACAACAACAAAAAUAAUACAACGUACGAUUGAAGAUUAAAAAACAAACGACAGGGGAGUUUUCAUAUUAAACCGUGACGGUUUUAUGGCCGUAGAGUUCUUUGAAACAGCAUUGUCUUGCCGCUAAACUCACCUUAGCACCGUGGACUCAAUGAUUAACGUGACUAAAUGCUUGCUUUCACACUUGACGGUUCUUAGUCGUAUAACCACGUGGGACGAGCCAAUCUUAAAGCAAUGAUUUGAAAUGAAAUAAAUACAAAUGUAGGAAAAAGGUACAGACGGAACAGUCAAAUCUCGUCUAAUGUGAAAGCUACGACACGGGGAAAAAAUCUCGUCCGUUUUUUUUUUCAUACGGUCAAGACCGUGUAAUGUGCAAGCGGCCUAAGUGUAACUGUCGCAGUUGUUCGUUCUCCCAUAUUUAUUCUAGAUUCAAAAUCUAACGUAGGUUCUUUAAAAAGCUUUUCAAGGAAGUCUUGACCUCCUACCCAAGUACCAUAUAUCUUUUAAGCAUUUUACAUAGUUUUGCUGUCUACUGUUUCUUGUCGCUAAAAACGUGGUCCAAUUAAAAACAAACCGGUAGACUCGUUGCUGUUGACUAAUUUUAAAGGUAACUUUAUCUAUGGACUUGAACAAAAUAAAACUUUUUGUUCUAGUCUGCCUCUACUAUCCUCCAUACAAUGGACUAUCCGAACUUGUAGUCUCUUUCAACAUGUUUAGGAUAACAGCAAUGUUCAUAGUGGAAAUGCACACGCCAUCAAUGUGAUGUAUCAUUUGUCUG